UGAGCUAGAGACACCUAGAAACCUGCCAGAUUAAAUUGUAUAUGCUCCGUAACAUUCUAGGAAAGUCUCUGCAGUAAAAUAGAACCGUGCAUUCACACCUGUUUGUGUCAGCCAGAACAUGUCUUUCAACCUGCAAUCAUCAAAGAAACUGUUCAUUUUCUUAGGAAAAUCACUGUUUACUCUUCUGGAGGCUAUGAUUUUUGCCUUACUCCCAAAGCAACAGAAGAACGUUGCUGGUGAAAUAGUCCUCAUCACAGGUGCUGGAAGUGGACUCGGAAGGCUCUUAGCUUUGCAGUUUGCCCGACGGGGAUCUGUGCUUGUUCUCUGGGAUGUCAAUAAGGAGGGGAAUGAGGAAACAUGUAAGAUGGCUCAGGAAGCUGGGGUCACAAGAGUGCACGCCUAUACUUGCGAUUGCAGCCAAAAGGAAGAAGUGUAUAGAGUAGCCGAUCAGGUUAAAAAAGAAGUCGGCGAUGUUUCCAUCCUAAUCAACAAUGCCGGAAUUGUAACAGGCAAAAAUUUCCUUGACUGUCCAGAUGAGCUUAUGGAAAAGUCAUUUGAUGUGAAUUUCAAAGCACAUUUAUGGACUUAUAAAGCCUUUCUACCUGCUAUGAUUGCUAAUGACCAUGGACAUUUGGUUUGCAUUUCAAGUUCAGCUGGAUUAGUUGGAGUAAAUGGGCUGGCAGAUUAUUGUGCAAGUAAAUUUGCAGCCUUUGGGCUUGCUGAAUCUGUAUUUGUAGAAACAUUUGUCCAAAAUCAAAAGGGGAUCAAAACCACAAUUGUGUGCCCCUUUUUUAUAAAAACUGGAAUGUUUGAAGGUUGUACUACAGCUUGUCCUUCUCUGUUGCCAAUUCUGGAACCAGAAUAUGCCGCGGAAAAAAUAGUAGAAGCUAUUCUACAAGAAAAAAUGUACUUCUAUAUGCCAAAGUUUUUAUACUUCAUGAUGUUUCUUAAAAGCUUUUUGCCCCUCAAGACAGUACUGCUUAUAGGUGACUAUCUUGACAUCUUUCAUGCAAUGGAUGGCUUUCUUGAACGAAAGAAGAAGCUCUAAAGACCAACUUUAUGGCUGAGGUCAUCUGAUACACAAUGUUACAUAAUGUGUACUUCAAUGAAGAAAAGUAUUUUUGUCUGACAGUGGAAUAUAGCUGGAGACCACAAGUACCACUCCUGUUCUAUUAUCUGGACUAGAAUUUUCAACCAAUGCAUUUGAAAAUAAUGUUGCUAUCACCUAUUUGGUUGAGUUUUGGUUUUUUCUUUUGCUAUUUGUUUUCCAAAAAUAAAGACAGCCCAUUUUUGUCAUUUCCAUUUACCGCAGAUGUAAGAAAGUGAUAAGCCAUGGCCACAAGCUGCCCUGAGCUUUUUGGUCGUUGGGGAGGUGGCUCAAAUGGAGCUGGUGGCUGUGGUUAACCUGCAUUGGGGAGCAGGGCUGAGGGGCAAAGAGGACAUGUGGGUAUCCAGUCAGAAUGCCCUCUCUCCAGAGGACACACAGCUCUGGAUUCCCACCUCCUUGCUCUCCGCUCUGGCCUUUUUGAACCUGUACCACCUAAUGUAGAAAAGCCCCGCCUCAAAUGCCCUUCUUUCCAAAACAGCUACACAAAUACUUAUCUCUGAAUGCCCUCCUGGAUACCCAGACUGAGUGCCAGUCUGGCUAAAGGCCCAUCCAGCACCAUUGUCCCCAAGAGCCUUACUGGGCAUUCCCUGAACCCCCCUCAUAGGCGGUGAUCCUAGACCAAACUCUUAAAUCGAAUCACUUUUGUUUCCUAGAAGACAUCAAAGAGUGGUUGCUUCUUAUUUUGAAGAUGAAAUUCUACCAAGUUAGGUUUUUUGCUAUCUAUUGAUCCAAAAAAUAUAUUCAUGCAAUUAAUUUUAAGUGUUUAACUUAGUGUUUCAAGUUGGGAUUCAGGUUGAGGCAUUUUCCUGCAGAAUGGGCAAUUUUAUGCAUUUACAUUCAUCAGUGCUGCCCUCACUUCGGAUCUAUUGUAUUCUUACAGUUUAAUCAACUGGCAAAGUGCUUUCAUGCUUUGGAGAUUAACUACAAAAGCAAGAUUAAGAAAAAUAUGUUAAUUACCAUAUCCCUGGAACUCCUUCUCAGGCUGGCGGGGGCAGCCUUGCAAGAGAAACAGCAGCCUUUGUCACUUCCCUCUUGUGGGGAGUAAGGAAGGGAUGAGCGGUACCUUGGGAGACCCUGUAAAAGUCUAAAGAAUUGCGAAUUUGACUAUCUUGGGGGUAAAAUGCUGUCAUGGGGCAGUGAUCUCAGGGAGUGUAAACUGUGGAAUCCACUGUGGUCUGAUUUACCUUGAGUGGCCUCCACAAACAUGACAGCUCUGUCCUGUAUUUCCUUUCCAUUCAGAAAGCCUAAAAAAAAAAAAAAAACUUGUUUUAUGAUAAUACUAUAACAAUCAUAACUCACCAUUUACUGUGUCUGGCAGCAAAUUAAGUAUUUGACAAACGUUAUUUCAUUAAACAAGACUGUCAAUCAUUACUCAAAGAAUGAUGAAGGUAUUUGGUGUAUGCCAAAGAAUAAAGGCGUUUUAUUUCACA